GUCCUUACCAAAACGCUGUUCGUUGGAACAGCGAGUCGUCGGAAGAAGCGAUAGAAUUCACCUGCCAGGUUCUCUAUGACCCCGAGGUCGACCACCUGAGCUUUCAUCUUGAUGACCGCAGCACUCUGAACAUCUAGACAUACGGCCCGGCUUUGUCUAGCCUCAACCACCCCACAUUCAUCAUGGCCGCACCAGUAGACUCUGGCUAUAUCCAAGCGACUGACCCCACGCGUCCCCACACUGACGCUGCUGUUCCCUUUCGCGAGAUCAUACCCGCGCCUGGUCACCCCAGGAUCGCAGGUAUCGAGUCCAGCGACGCACAUACCUGGUGCGACUCCCGGCGCAAGAUUGAUGCUCCCGCCUGGCUCAUCAACCGCCUCGACGCAAAGAACCUCGAAAAGCCCUACGUCGGCUUCACGACUGACGGAACGGUGCGCGAGGGUCUGUACGAGUACCCGGAGGACGAGGGCGCGCCCGUCGAAGAGGCGAAGGAGGCGGCGGAUGCGCUUAUAGCGAUGAUGAGCGAGGAGGAGAAGGUGCGCACGCUGUUCCCAUCGGUCGAGGUCGACGAGAUCCGGCUGUGGUCGAACCCUGAGCUGUACGUCAACCCGGGCGGCCUCCGUCUCGACGAGUGCAGUCAGUCCAUCCGCGACGCCGUGCAUAAUGUCCUCAAGGCCUCGCUGUCCUGGGAAGGUUACGAGAAGACGCUCGCGUGCUGUCUCACCAACGCGUUCCUCGGGAAGCUCGUCCACGGACCUCGCGUCCUGAAUGAACACUCUUACAACUUCCGACUCUUCGGCCAGCCGAGCACAGAGAAGCACCAGCCGUGGGGUUAUACGUUCUUCGGACACCAUCUGUGUCUUGCGGUCGUGUUCAGCGGACGGCGUAUGGUCAUUGGACCGACGUUCAUGGGAGCGGAGCCGGAUAUGAUUGAUGAAGGACAGUAUAGGGGAUUGCGGCUGUUUAUGACGGAGGAGUUGCAGAGUUUGAAGUUGAUGCAGAGUUUGAGUCCGGAGCUGCAGAAGAAGGCGACGUUGUCGGUUGGGAUGGAUGGGAAUUCGUUGCCACCGGAUAGGUGGAACCCGUUUGAUGAACGGCAUCUCGGUGGUGCUAGGCAGGACAACAGAGUCGUUCCGCUCGAGGGCUGCCCCGUCACCGAGUUUCCACCCGCACAGCAAGAACAGAUCAUAACACUCUACAAAGCCUUCAACGAGUACUACCCCGCUCCAGUCCUGGAGCAUCGUCUGAAGACUUUCAAGCAACAUCUCGACGAGACGUACUUCGCGUGGAUCGGUCCGCACGGCGACGAUGAUCCCUACUACUUCCGCAUUCACUCUCCCGUCGCGUUUAUGGAGCUGGACUUCCACUGCGGUAUCUUCUUGACCAAUACCUCGCCGGCGAGGUGCCAUAUCCAUACAACGAACCGCUUGCCGAACAGGGGUGAUUAUGGCAAGGUGCUAGUCGAUCAGGCGUUGAAGCGCAAGUCUGUCAUGUAGAAAUAAGGACGAGGACGAGACCGAUGGUUUGUAGUAUUGUAUAGUUAACAUCCCAGCAAGUGUACAAUUAGAUGCGGAAUUCGACCUUC